AGCAGAUGCGUGAAUGGGUGAUGGAAUUGAUGAGUUGUGGCGGCAGGUUAAAAAGUUUGUCAUAAUUUUUGGAAAAUCUUCCUUCCUGGCACUUCCUGAAGCAUGGACGAUUCCUACUACGAGUUCAAGCGCAACGACAAAUCCCUGGGUUUGCUCACCAAGCGUUUUGUGGAGUUACUGCGACAGAGUUCAAAUGGAUUUCUCGAUUUACGAUAUGCUGCGGAUGAGCUCCAUGUGCGGCAGAAGAGGCGAAUCUACGACAUCACGAAUGUCCUGGAGGGUGUGGGGUUGAUUGAGAAGAAGAGCAAAAAUAGCAUUCAGUGGAGGGGAUCCGUCUUGCCGACUACAACAAGUCAACGGGCAACGCAGCUGCAGAGUGUUGCGAAUCAGCUGAAGGAGGAGGAAGAAGAGCUGACGCAGCAUUGCGUGUACAUGAGGCAGAAUCUGAGAAAUUCCAUUGAGGAUAUUGUCAAUCAGUCAUAUGCGUACAUUACGCGGGAUGAUCUCCUUGAUUGCUACAGCGAUGAUGCUGUUUUAGUGCUGAGAUGUCCUGAAAAGAUGCAAAUAGCCGUGCCAUCGGUUAAAACUGAGAAUGUUCAGGAUAGACCUUCACUGAAGGUUUCAUCACAAAUGCGUGAGAUUGAUGUACGUUUGCUGACCACAGAGGGACGAUCUCUCGUCCAGAAGAGUACCCUCAAACCUGCCAAUGCUUCCGCCAAAGCUAUCAAACAGGAGCCAGAAGACAGUUCGUUUGAAUCCGCAAGGAAGCGCAUAAAAAAAGAAUCAAGUGAGGACAGUAAACCCCCGUCUCCGGUUCCACAGAAGCGUCGUCCUGGACGUCCGAGGAAGGUGAAAAAGCCCCAAGAAACGCCCGAGAGCGAUGAUUCUGACGUGGAGGAGCGCCAAAAGACAGCAGAGAUUCUCCUGAAGCACACAAAUGAUGAAGUUAAUCGCUUCAAAGUACACAAUUUUGAGAAAUACAGCUCUCAUCAACCAUUUAUUAAACUUGAACGUCCAGCACAUAUGGAAUUUUCGUGUUCUCUCACCAAUAAUGAGGGCAUUGCGGAGAUCUUCGGGAUUGAGGGGCCGUAAUGUUGUAAAUUGGGCGAUGUGAAAAAAGGGUACAAACAAGAAAUUUGUAGAUAUAAAUAAAAAGCUCUGAAUUAUUUUA